CCGCCAAGGUGCGUCUCCAGGCAGACGCGAUCGCCUGGGGCAGAGCGAGCCGGGACGCGCCGCCUGCGGUGCUGGCUGCUGCUUUUUAUUUACUAGCAAACACUGUUUCCCCGCGGGAGAGUCCGGGAGCGCGCGGGCACACACAUACACACACACACACACACACACACACACGCUCACUCACUGAACACACGCGCUCGCGCACACACAUAUACAUACGCGCUAGCGCUCUUGUCUUCACAACUGCAUCCCCAAACCGACAGUGCGAAGCUACUGCGGUUUCUCUUAACCUCAGCAUCGUGGGGGAGAAGCAGAGCCGUUGUGCAUCAGGGAGCGCCCGGUGCCUGCGCUGCCGCCUCGGGUACAUACAUAACCCAGCAGACCGCUCACCCCAUCGGAUAUUAAACUGUGUCAUACAGAGUAGCAAUAUGAGGAACAAGGAAGCCAGUAACAGCUGAGAUAUUUCACAGUGUACUUGGUAUUGUGAAUCAGAAAGCACAACAUUCCUAUUUUUGUUUCACCGGUUUGGAGGUGGAGCAGCAGAAUUAAGAAUACAAGCUUUAGAGUCAAACAGCCUAGGUUUUGAUCCCUGACUCUAUCAAUUCCUCUCCAAUCCUGUCACUUUUGAUUUUAUUUGAAAAGAAGCUCACCAGUAAAAGAGGGGAUUCCACCAACGAACAUUUCCUAAGGCUGGAAUGCUUACAAACUGCUAAGGCUGAGAUCCUGAGGAACCCAGCUGGAGAAUGCCGUCUGAACGCUGCCUGAGUCUUCUGUUUUUUGUGUGGUCUGUUUAAGAAAUGAAACUCUUCAUGCUACUUGACUGCUUUUGAUUUUAUUCAAGAAAUGCUGACAGGCCAGAGGCUCUGCCACUCGGAAUCUCACAAUGAUAGCGUCUUGGCAGCGCUGAAUCAACAGAGAAGUGACGGCAUCCUCUGUGACGUCACCCUGAUUGCUGAGGAACAGAAAUUCCAUGCUCACAAGGCAGUCCUAGCAGCAUGCAGUGACUAUUUCCGGGCGAUGUUCAGUCUCUGUAUGGUGGAAAGUGGAGCUGACGAGGUCAGUUUACAUGGUGUGACCAGCCUUGGCUUAAAGCAGGCCCUGGAGUUUGCAUACACAGGACAGAUUUUGUUGGAGCCAGGUGUGAUCCAGGAUGUAUUAGCAGCUGGCAGUCACCUACAGCUGUUGGAGCUUCUCAAUUUAUGUUCCCACUAUCUCAUCCAGGAAUUAAAUAGCUUUAAUUACUUGGAUCUGUACAGACUUGCUGACCUCUUUAACCUCACUUUGCUGGAGAAGGCAGUGAUCGAUUUCUUAGUGAAACAUCUCUCUGAGCUCCUGAAGAGUCGCCCAGAAGACGUUCUAACGCUUCCUUAUUGUCUGCUCCAGGAGGUUCUGAAGAGUGACCGCCUGACCUCCUUGAGUGAAGAGCAGAUCUGGCAGCUAGCUGUGAGGUGGUUGGAACACAACUGCCAUUACCAGUACAUGGAUGAGCUCCUGCAAUAUAUACGCUUUGGCCUGAUGGAUGUGGAUACUCUCCAUACAGUUGCCCUGUCCCACCCCCUCGUCCAGGCAAGUGAAACUGCAACAGCUCUUGUCAAUGAGGCCCUGGAGUACCACCAGAGCAUCUAUGCACAGCCCGUUUGGCAAACUCGCAGGACCAAACCGCGAUUCCAGUCAGACACUCUAUAUAUCAUUGGUGGGAAAAAGCGUGAGGUCUGUAAAGUCAAGGAACUUCGGUACUUCAAUCCUGUUGACCAGGAGAAUGCUCUCAUAGCUGCCAUUGCCAACUGGAGUGAGCUGGCUCCCAUGCCCGUGGGAAGGAGCCACCACUGUGUAGCAGUCAUGGGGGACUUUCUGUUUGUGGCAGGAGGAGAAGUUGAGCAUGCUAGUGGCCGGACAUGUGCUGUGAGGACUGCCUGUCGCUAUGACCCCCGCAGUAAUUCCUGGGCGGAGAUAGCACCCAUGAAAAACUGCCGGGAGCAUUUUGUGCUGGGUGCCAUGGAUGAAUACCUCUAUGCAGUUGGGGGUAGAAAUGAACUGCGCCAGGUUCUGCCUACAGUUGAGCGAUAUUGCCCCAAGAAGAACAAAUGGACUUUUGUGCAGUCCUUUGACCGAUCCCUUUCAUGUCAUGCUGGAUAUGUGGCUGAUGGUCUUCUUUGGAUAUCAGGUGGAGUAACUAACACAGCACAAUAUCAGAACAGACUAAUGGUAUAUGAACCUAACCAGAAUAAAUGGAUAAGCCGCAGCCCUAUGCUGCAGAGAAGGGUCUACCAUUCCAUGGCUGCUGUUCAAAGAAAACUUUAUGUUCUUGGAGGCAAUGACCUGGACUACAAUAAUGACCGGAUCCUUGUGCGGCAUAUAGAUUCUUACAACAUAGACACCGACCAGUGGACGCGUUGUAAUUUCAACCUGUUGACUGGCCAAAAUGAAUCUGGAGUUGCUGUCCAUAAUGAGAGAAUAUAUUUAGUUGGUGGAUAUUCGAUUUGGACAAAUGAGCCUCUGGCUUGUAUCCAGGUGGUGGAUGUAAGUAGAGAAGGCAAAGAAGAAGUAUUUUAUGGGCCUACACUCCCUUUUGCUUCUAAUGGAAUAGCGGCAUGCUUCCUUCCAGCUCCAUAUUUCACAUGCCCUAACCUUCAGACUCUUCAAGUGCCUCAUCACAGGAUUGGGACCAUCUGAAAACCAAUGCUUUGUUAAUAACUAUCAUUAACAGAAGGGAAAGAAAAGCUUCACUUCUGAAUACUGGGCAUGAAAAGACUCAGUGCUCAAUGCUUCCUUGUUUUGUUUUAUAUGUCUUAUUUUCAGAUAAACAUUAGCAAAAAAUGAACAGUUUUCUAAAAUACAUUACUGAAACCUCCUGUCA